AUGUUCCAUUUAGAAUCCGUCAUGGCAAGUAUUGCAUCAACUAAUAGUAGUGUUCCACAAAAAUCUAACAUGAAAGACGAAGGUAAAUUCGUCGAAUUACCAAAUGCUAAAGAAGGUGAAGUUAUCGUACGCUUUCCACCAGAAGCAAGCGGGUAUUUGCAUAUUGGUCAUGCUAAAGCUGCUCUUCUUAAUCAAUAUUAUCAAAAAACUUUUAAAGGAACAUUAAUUAUGCGUUUUGAUGAUACAAACCCAGCUAAAGAAACUGCUGAAUUUGAACAGGUUAUUCUCGAAGAUUUAAAAAUGUUAGGUGUUGAAUAUGAUCGUUUUACACAUACAUCUGAUCAUUUUGAUACAUUAAUUAAUUAUUGUAAAAUAUUAAUUGAAAAAGGUUUAGCCUAUUGUGACGAUACUGAACCAGAAGAAAUGAAACAACAACGUGAACAAAGACAAGAAUCAGUUAAUCGUAAUAAUAGUGUUGAAAAAAAUUUAAAAUUAUGGUCAGAUAUGUUAGCUGGAAAUGAACAAGGACAAAAAUGUUGUGUUCGUUUAAAAAUUAAUAUGAAUUCUAAUAAUGGUUGUAUGCGUGAUCCAACUAUUCAUCGAUGUAAGCCAGAAGAACAUGUACGAACAGGAAAUAAAUAUAAAGUUUAUCCAACGUAUGAUUUUGCUUGUCCAAUUGUUGAUAGUAUUGAAGGAGUUACUCAUGCUCUUCGAACAACUGAAUAUCAUGAUCGAGAUGAGCAGUAUUAUUGGAUUCUUGAUGCUCUUGGUCUUCGAAAACCAUUUAUUUAUGAAUAUGCACGUCUUAAUAUGCAAUAUACAGUAUUAUCAAAACGAAAAUUAACAUGGUUUGUUAAUACAAAAAUUGUUGAUGGUUGGGAUGAUCCACGUUUACCAACUGUUCGUGGUAUACUUCGACGUGGUAUGACUGUUGAAGGUUUAAGACAAUUUAUUGUUGCACAAGGUUCAUCACGAUCUGUUGUUUUAAUGGAUUGGGAUAAAAUUUGGGCAUUUAAUAAAAAACAAAUUGAUCCUGUAGCACCACGUUUUACAGCACUAUUAAAAAAUCAACUUGUUAAAAUAAAAUUAACAAAUAUAACAAAAGAAGAAUGUCAACAACAUCAAAAACAUCCAAAAGAUUCAAAUAUUGGAAUGAAAAAUGUUUAUUAUGGUUCAACAAUAUUUAUUGAAAAAGAUGAUGCUGUUUUAAUUACUGAGGGACAAAUUGUUACAUUAAUGAAUUGGGGAAAUAUUAAAAUAAAUCGAAUUCAAAAGAAAGAUUCUGGUGACUUCGAAUUCAUGGAAGGUGAAACUCAAUUAGAUAAUAAAGAUUUUAAAAAUACACUUAAAUUAACAUGGCUUGCUGAAACAAGUCAAGCACCAUUAACACCGGUUAAAUGUAUUCAUUAUGAUAAUAUUAUGACUAAAGCAAAACUUGACGAAGGUGAUACAUUUGAAAAUUAUGUUAACUACGCAUCAAAGAUUGAAUAUGAUAUUAUCGGUGAACCUGAAAUGGCACAAUUAAAAAAAGGUGAUGUCAUUCAAAUUCUUCGUAAAGGCUAUUAUAUAUGUGAUGCUCCAUAUGAUGCUGCAACUCAACAAUCAUGCUGUUUACUUAAUAUUCCAGAUGGUGGUACAAAAGAAAAACCAACAUCAUUAAGAGCUACUGAUAAUGCUGCAACAAAAUCUACUGGUGAUAAAUUGACAUCAUCGGCAGUAUCAGGUCCUGAAGUAGAUCAAUUAACAGAACGUAUUGUUUUACAAGGUGAAAAAGUUCGAGAUUUAAAAGCAAAUAAAUCAACAUCUAAGGAUGAUGUAAACGUUGCUGUAAAAGAACUUGUACUAUUAAAAGAAGAAUAUAAAAAAUUAACAGGUAGUGAAUAUAAACCAUCAAAUACAACAGCACAAAAAGAAAAUAAGAAACCAAUAACUAAUUCAACAUCAAAUGAAGCCGAAAAACUUACUGAGCAAAUAACUCGACAAGGCGAUAAAGUUCGCGAUCUUAAAGCAAAUAAAUCGACACCAAAAGUGAAUGAACAAGGUAAUCUUGUUCGUGAUUUAAAAAGUAAUCCUAAUAGUAGUAAAGAAGAAAUUACAGCCGCUGUUGGACAAUUAUUAAAAUUAAAAGAAGAAUAUAAAACAUUAACAGGUACUGAUGUUCCAUCGAGUGGUGCUGCAUCAGCACGAAAAGAAAAAGAAAAAAAACCAGCAGCAGCAGCAGCAGCAACAGCAAAAAAACCUGAACAUGAACAAAACUCAACAUCUGCUCAUACUGAUUUAAAAAAACAAACAAAACUUGGUAUUGAAUAUAAAAAAGAAGAAGAUCUUGCUGAUUGGUAUGGGCAAGUUGUUCGUAAAGGUGAAUUAAUUGAAAAUUAUGAUGUAUCAGGAUGUUAUAUACUUCGUCCAUGGGCUUAUUUUCUUUGGGAACAAAUAAAAGCUUAUAUUGAUGCUGAAAUAUCAGAAAUGGGAGUACAAAAUUGUUAUUUUCCAUUAUUUGUUUCUCAUAAUGCACUUUAUCGAGAACAAACUCAUAUUGCUGAUUUUUCUCCGGAAGUUGCUUGGGUAACAAAAUCAGGUGAUAGUGAUUUAGCUCAACCAAUUGCUGUACGUCCAACAAGUGAAACAAUUAUGUAUCCAGCAUAUGCAAAAUGGAUUCAAUCACAUCGUGAUCUUCCAUUAAAAUUAAAUCAAUGGAAUAAUGUUGUUAGAUGGGAAUUUAAAAAUCCACAACCAUUUCUUCGUACAAGAGAAUUUCUUUGGCAAGAAGGUCAUACAGCAUGGGCAACAGAAAAAGAAGCUUCAGAUGAAGUUUAUCAAAUUCUUGAUUUAUAUGCAAAAGUAUAUACAGAUUUACUAGCUAUACCGGUUAUUAAAGGACGUAAAACAGAAAAAGAAAAAUUUGCUGGUGCUGAUUGGACAACAACAAUUGAAGGUUAUAUUGCAGCUAGUGGAAGAGGAAUUCAAGCAGCAACAUCACAUCAUUUAGGUCAAAAUUUUUCGAAAAUGUUUGAUAUUACAUUUGAAGAUCCACAAACACAAACUAAACAAUAUGUUUAUCAAAAUUCAUGGGGUUUAACUACACGAACAAUUGGUGUUAUGACAAUGAUACAUGGUGAUAAUCAAGGUUUAGUUUUACCACCACGUAUAGCUAAAUAUCAACUUGUUAUUGUUCCAUGUGGUAUAACAGCAUCAUUAUCAAAAGAAGAUGAAGAUGCAUUAAUUAAUACAUGUAAAGAAGUUGAAACAAAAUUGAAAAAGGCUGGAUUACGUGUAUAUGGUGAUUAUAGAGAUAAUUAUUCACCAGGAUGGAAAUUUAAUCAUUGGGAAAUGAAAGGUGUCCCAAUUCGUAUUGAAAUUGGUCCAAAAGAUAAAGCACGUUCGCAAUUAACAAUUGUACUUCGACAUACAGGAGCUAGAUCAACAAUACCAAUUGAUAAUAGUGAAACAAAAUUACAUGAAACGCUUAAUCAAAUGCAUAAUGAUUUAUAUAAAAAAGCAAAAGAUGAAUUUGACAGUCAUACAAUACUUGUUAAAGAUUGGGCUAGUUUAUUAAAAGGUCUUGAUAAUUCAUGUUUAAUGUUAGCACCAUUCUGUGGUGAACCAGUAUGUGAAGAUCGAAUUAAAAAAGACAGUGCACGCGAUGCUGUUGUCGAAGAAGGUGCACCAGCUAUGGGUGCUAAAGGUUUAUGUAUACCAUUUGAACAACCGGAAAAAAUAGCUGAAAAUCAAUUAUGUUGUCAUCCAGAUUGUAAAACUCAAGCAAAAUAUUAUACAUUAUUUGGACGAAGUUAUUAA